AAAAUCCAGUUAGUGCUACAACAAGAUUAUGCAAAACCUUGGUGUAAAAUCUGUGUUCAAUCCUCUGUUUUGUUGCUGACAUUGAAGACUCUUAAACAAUUAAUUAAGGAUUACUCUAUAGUGUUUUGGUUCUGGCAGCAGUUGAUCUACAACUGGGAAUUGGUAACAAGGAUCACUUUCUCCUACAAGAUUCAACUAGAUUUCUUGUACUUUCAUUUUCAUAAAAAAUUACAUUCAUCUAUGGAUGGUCUUAGUUGGGAUGCCUCACAACUGUGGGGUACUAUUCAGCAACCACCAGUCUUUGGAGGAGGUUACUCCAUGCCCCUCAAUGUUCUCAAUCAAAUACAAGAGAUGCAGAAAGCUCAAACAGGUCAUGUAUUCUCAAAUUCUGAAAGAGCGAUUUAUCAGUCCGCAGGUGCUACCACCACUUCCUCAGAGAUAAUGGAUGUGAUGCAAAAACAAGACAAAAAUCUAUCACAGCAUGUGUCUACCAUGCCGGUGAAACCAGGAGCUGGAGCCAGUUGGGGAGAAACUUUAACAUCCCAAUCAUACCCAUCCCUAUCAGUCAAUGGACCUCACAGUAUGAACCUGAUUAGCAACUACACGCCAGAUUUCAACAUGGCCCACCACCAACAACUUGUCAAUGGCUCACAAAAUGGGAAGGGUGGUUGCUCUCUUGAGCCUUUUGACUGCUUGAUUUCAGCUACCAACAGCAACACAGACACUUCUGUUGAAGAUGAUGAUGGGAUCUCAAUGAUUUUAUCUGACUGUGGAAACCUGUGGAACAACUUCAGCUAUGGCAGUGUAGCUUCCACUGGUGAAUCUGAGAGCAAUGCUUCCAAUGGUAGAAACAAAGACAUGCAGUGUCCAGUCAAUGAAGUUGAUGAAACAGUUUCUCAAACAGUAGAAUCAGAGGCUAAUUGUUCAAAGAGGAGUCAUGAUCAAUCUAAAAUGAUCCAAGUUGGUGAUUCCUGCUUCAGUAUUGUUCAGAAUUCUUCUCCAAUUGAAGAAGGUGGUUUCAGACUUAUCUCAGAUAAUCCACCAGAAUGCAAGAAACCCAGAUGGGAUAUGAGUUCCUCCUCAAAUAAUAUCAAUUUCCAGCAACCAAAUUCAUCCAUUUCUUCUUCCAUUGAAGAGCCUGAUCCAGAGGCAAUUGCACAAAUGAAGGAAAUGAUAUAUAGGGCUGCAGCUUUUAGGCCAGUGAACUUUGGCUUGGAGGUGGUUGAAAAGCUAAAGAGGAAGAAUGUGAAGAUAUCAACUGAUCCACAAACUGUGGCUGCAAGGCACAGAAGGGAGAGAAUAAGUGAGAAGAUUAGGGUUUUGCAGAAGCUUGUGCCUGGGGGAAGCAAGAUGGACACAGCAUCAAUGCUUGAUGAGGCUGCAAACUACCUCAAGUUUCUCAGGUCACAGGUGAAGGCACUGGAAAGUCUAGGGAACAAAGUUGAUGCAAUGAAUUGUCCUCCUACUAGCAUUGCCUUCUCUUUCAACCCUUCUUUUCCCAUGCAAACACCCCUCAGUCACAUCCAUCAUUCCUAGGGUUGAUGAAAUGGUCACCUUACCAUCAUGGGGUCAAACAACCCCCCAUGACCCCUAAUCAUUUCAUUACCAAUCACAAUGAUUAACAUAUCUGAUCUUCAUUUUCUAGCCAAGAAAAAUUCUAAUUGUUGACUUAUAUAUCAUUGUAUUGUAAUUGUCUUCAGUAUAAUCAUCAGUGACUUGUUUAAAAUUAUCAUAAUGACGAUAUUCUCAGGUUACAGUAAAAUAGAGUGUUCAUUUUUAUUUUU